AUGGCUCAUCCACAAAAAGAUAACAAAACCCGUCCUACUUAUUUUGAGGUCUGUCAGACCAACGAAUCGUACGGUCGCGAGAUCUCAAGAUUAAUCCAUUAUCCCGUCCUUGAUCAAGAUUUCUUCGCCAUGGAACGUCCUAUCGAUAGUUUAUGUGACCAAAGAACUGCGUGGCCGUCGUAUGAUCAUGUGAUACCACAUGCAGCUCUUCCUCACCGAGAAUAUUGGUCUAAAUAUUCGCAACCAAUUGCCUAUCAUCCUCAUGCUCCGUACCCUUCUUUGCGAUCUUCAGCUGAAGCGUCAUACGUCGCCUCGCCCACCCAGGGAAAGUCAUGGCGAAAGCAUAAAGAUGAUGCUGCGCAUGCGCAUUCCAUUGAGUCAGAGGUAUGGAAUGCAACCCCGGAGAAGCGAAAGCUCGCUAAGAGCGAGCACCGAAUGGUUCUUCGAGGCGCAUAUUCAGAUCCAGGUGUGGGAGUCUCGACUAGCGCACGGGGCCGCACUCGCCGCAUUAGCAGCAAUGGAGGUCCAAUCUUUCCUAGCAUCAAGGAAGCCGAUGAUGAGGGCAGGCAUCAGAUCAGUCAUGUGGAUAAGCCUCAUUUUUCGGUGCCACCCCGGGCACCAAAGAUCCCGAGACUACCAACACCCGACUUUAGUGACGACGAAGAAAGCCAUUCAUUUUGCUCAUGUUGCAAUGCAGAUGGUGGCCAUGAGACAGGUUGCGAACAGGAAGAAGACUCUCAGAUCAAGAUGGAAAGACAACUCCGCGAUGCGAAGGUCUAUAUGGCGCGCAAGAAGGCACAUGCGCACUGA